GCGUUGAACCGGAAGUGUUGUCCUCGUUUCCGCCGGAGGUGCCCAGUGUGUUGCUGUUGUGUUCAUGCUAGAAAACGAAUUCAUUUAUUCUUUCCCAUGGCAAACCGAACCGUAAAAGAUGCCAACAGUAUACACGGGACCAACCCGCAGUAUCUGGUGGAGAAAAUCAUCCGAACGCGAAUCUACGAGUCUAAAUACUGGAAGGAGGAGUGCUUCGGUCUGACCGCCGAGCUGGUUGUUGACAAAGCCAUGGAGCUGAAGUACGUUGGAGGAGUUUAUGGCGGGAACAUCAAGCCCACUCCCUUCCUCUGCCUCUCGCUCAAGAUGCUGCAGAUCCAGCCGGAGAAAGACAUCAUCGUCGAGUUCAUAAAAAAUGAGGAUUUCAAAUAUGUUCGUUUACUUGGAGCGAUGUACAUGAGAUUAACUGGUACUGCAGUGGAUUGUUACAAAUACCUGGAGCCUCUGUACAACGACUACAGAAAGAUCAAGAGUCAGAACAGAAACGGAGAGUUUGAGUUGAUGCACGUGGACGAGUUCAUCGACGAGCUUCUUCACGCGGAGAGGAUGUGUGACAUCAUUCUGCCCCGGCUUCAGAAGAGACAAGUCCUGGAGGAGGCCGAGAUGUUGGAUCCACGUAUCAGCGCUCUGGAGGAAGACCUGGAUGAAGUGGAGAGCAGUGAAGACGAGGAUGAGGAAGAAGAGAAGCCAGAGAGACUCCAGACACCUGAACCCCACAGACGCAGUUACCGUGACAACGACAGACCUCGUCGCUCUCCGUCCCCUCGUUACAGACGCAGCCGCUCACCCAGACGGAGGAGCAGAUCUCCAAAAAGGCGAAGCCCGUCACCCCGGAGAGACCGCCAUCGCAGCAAGAGCCCCCGCAGACACCGCAGCCGGUCCCGAGACAGACGUCACCGCUCCAAAUCCCCAGGUCACCACAGAAGCCACAGACAUCGCAGCCACUCAAAGUCCCCAGAGAGGAGUUCAAAAAAGAGUCACAAGAAGAGUCGAAGAGGAAACGAGUGAUCUCCCUUUUCCUUUUGUACCUUUUACUUUUUUUGAUCUCCAAACCGUCAGAGCUUCUUCCUCUAAAUCUUGUUUGACAUUUGAGUUUUGUUUUGUUUGUCUUUUUUUUUAAAGUUUCUUUUUAAUGGGAGGUGAUUUCAGUUUUAGAUGCUGGACCACUGACCUGUCAUUCACAUGUCGCAGAUGUAACUUCACACCCAGCUGUGGUGCAAAGCCCUCAGGUCUCAGCAGUGUGUAUGUUCAAACCCUCUGAGACAGAAAAAUCGUUGAAUACUCCCCAUUGUCAGAUAAUUGUGGCACUGUUGAUGCCUAUUGGACAUGUGUAAAUAUAGAAAAUGUGUUUCUUGCGAACAUUUUCUGUACAUUAAGAAUGAGUGUCUCACUCAUACCUGACAUUUGUCUUAGAAAUAAAGAUCCUGAUUCGUUA